GGAUGGGUGUUAUGAAGCCCUACCCCUUCUAUAUGGUGAAGCCGCGUUAAAGCGGGUCCCAUUUAUCGUUGAACCCAGCGCAACAGCCAUUUCCUUCCAACUUCCAAAAUCCAAACCAUGUUCUUUUCUUUUUCUCUUUUCUUUAAACUUCAAAUUUAAAUUUUUAAGAGUUCCAAACCUCAAUUCCUGAACUUCCAUUGUGUUGUUUAUUUAGUUGUUUUGUUCGUUUUACUCCUUUGGUUUCAAAGAUUCCGAAUUUUGAAAACCACACCCCCAGAAUCUUCUAGUAACAGCUGGUUUCAUGGGAGUUUCAACUUUCAAGUUUCGUUAACACUUUUUUGUUUUUUUAUUCUCUCUUUGUGGGGUCCCCUUUUCCCACUUUAAUUGACAGCCUAAUCAACAACCUAGAAAAAGUUUUUUGCGUUGCGGUCACACUAAAAAGUAAAACUUGAUGGGGUUUCAGUAAUGGGAUGCACGUAAUCUGAAAUGGGUUUCAUUUGUUUCAGUCUUUCGGCCCUGUUAUGUUAAUCACAUUGCCUGUAGCAACUAGCAAGUUAUUCACGUUUUUUCUCCCUCCACAACCACGACCAAAACAGGUUUUUCUGUGGCUUGGGAUUGAAAGUUAAGGUUACAGGUUUAAAGGGUAUUGCUUACAAUUGUUUUAUGGAUUGGUGAAGACUCGGGGAGCUACAAUGGUGAUGCUAAUGAUGAACCUUGUAAAGUGGGUUUGCUUUGUUUUGGUUAUUUAUUUGUUUUUGGUGAAUGGUUCAUUUGCCGCAUACAUUCCUCGUGAUAAUUAUCUAAUUGCUUGUGGUUCAUCCCAAAGCAUUACUUUCCAAGACCGCACUUUUGUUCCUGAUUCUCAGCAUUCUUCAUUGGUGUUGAAAACCCAGAAUUCUGUUGUUGCUAGUUCCAAUUCUAGUGUCACAUUCCCUAUAUACCAAUCAGCUAGGAUUUUCACUGAGAAAGCUUCUUAUAGAUUUGAGGUUGAGAAAGGUAGGCACUGGCUUAGGCUAUAUUUUUCCCCUCUUCCCAACUCUGCACAUAAUUUGACCGCUGCGGCUAUAACAGUGGCCACUGAUGAUUUUGUUCUCUUGUGCAACUUCACCUUUAGGAACUACAAUGGUUCUUAUAUGUUUAGGGAGUAUGCCAUCAAUGUUACCUCUGAUACCUUGACUGUUACCUUCAUUCCUUCAAAUGGUUCAGUGGCCUUUGUCAAUGCAAUUGAAGUUGUGUCAAUGCCAAAUGACUUAUUUGUUGAUCAGGCAGUGGCCCUUGACCCAGCUGCACCAUUCAAUGGCCUUUCUGAACUUGCUUUUGAGACUGUUUACCGCUUAAACAUAGGAGGUCCCUUGCUCACACCCCAAAAUGACACCCUUGGAAGGACUUGGGAGAAUGAUCAGAAAUACCUUCGUCUAAACAGUUCAGUAACUAAAGUGUCAGUAAACCCUUCCAGCAUUAAGUAUCCGGCAGGUGUUACGCCUGAGACGGCACCAAAUUGGGUAUAUGCCACUUCUGAAGCCAUGGGGGAUGCAAAUGUAGCCAAUUCAAAUUUCAACAUUACUUGGGUCUUUACUGUGGAUCCAAACUUCUCCUAUUUUAUCCGGGUGCACUUUUGUGAUAUCAUUAGCAAGUCUCUCAACACGUUAGUGUUCAAUCUAUUCAUAAAUUCUGACAUAGCUCUUGGAAGCUUUGAUCUCUCAUCCAUAACAAAUGAUUUGGCUGUGCCUUACUACAAGGACUUUGUUUCCAAUGCCUCAGCAGACUCCAACAUUUUGACAGUUAGUGUUGGUCCUGAUACAAUGGCUGAUAUCACAAAUGCUACUAUGAAUGGACUGGAGAUUAUAAAGAUCAGCAAUGCAUUCAAUAGCUUGGAUGGACUUUCUUCAGUUGAAAGUCUCCUUCCUAGUUCACCAUCAAGCAAAAGCAAGAUGGGAGUAAUAGUUGGUUCUUGUGUUGGGGCAGUGGCUGCCGUAGCUUUGGUUGGUUUGUGUUAUUGCUGCUUGGUGAGAUACAAAUCAAAGUCUACUCAACAGGGCCAUUCUUGGCUGCCUCUGCCUUUACCUUCUUUAUAUGGAAACUCUCAGACCAUGACAAAAAUGUCAUCAACUUCACAGAAGAGUGCAACUGCAAGCUGCAUUUCUUUAGCUUCAUCAAAUCUUGGCCGGUUAUUCACUUUCCAAGAGAUCCUAAAUGCAACCAACAAAUUUGAUGAGAAGCUGCUCCUUGGUGUUGGUGGCUUUGGCAGGGUUUAUAAAGGAACACUUGAAGAUGGGACCAAUGUAGCUGUUAAAAGGGGGAACCCCAGAUCUGAACAAGGUCUUGCUGAAUUCAGAACAGAAAUUGAGAUGUUAUCCAAGCUUCGCCAUCGCCAUCUUGUGUCUCUCAUUGGCUAUUGUGAUGAGAGAUCAGAAAUGAUUCUUGUCUAUGAAUACAUGGCUAAUGGACCUCUCAGGAGCCACUUGUAUGGAACUGACCUACCACCUCUAUCAUGGAAGCAACGACUUGAAAUUUGCAUUGGAGCAGCAAGAGGUCUUCAUUAUCUCCACACUGGUGCAUCUCAAAGCAUAAUUCACCGUGACGUGAAGACAACUAACAUCCUCUUAGAUGAUAACUUUGUUGCUAAGGUUGCUGACUUUGGCCUUUCCAAAACUGGUCCUGCUCUUGAUCAGACUCAUGUGAGCACCGCUGUUAAAGGUAGUUUUGGUUAUCUUGAUCCUGAAUACUUUAGAAGGCAACAACUUACAGAGAAAUCAGAUGUUUAUUCAUUUGGGGUUGUCUUAAUGGAAGUGUUGUGCACAAGACCAGCCUUGAACCCUGUCCUUCCUAGGGACCAGGUUAACAUAGCUGAGUGGGCAAUGACUUGGCAGAAAAAAGGAAUGCUUGAUCAAAUCAUGGAUCAGAAUCUGGUGGGGAAAGUCAAUCCUGCUUCUCUCAAGAAGUUUGGGGAGACAGCUGAGAAGUGUUUGGCCGAGUAUGGAGUGGAUCGGCCAUCUAUGGGUGACGUCUUGUGGAACCUUGAAUAUGCUUUGCAGCUUCAAGAGACCUCAUCAGCACUCAUGGAACCAGAAGAUAACAGCACAAACCACAUUAUUGGAAUUCAGUUGACUCGUCUUGAGCCUUUUGAUAACAGUGUUAGUAUGAAUGCUGGGGGAAAUUCUUUAAUGGGCGAUGAUGCAGAAGAUGUUUCCACAAGUGCAGUGUUCUCACAAUUGGUACAUCCUCGCGGCAGAUGAGUUCUUCUGAUGUGUUCUUGAUUCUGGCCAUGGACCAUUAAGUACAGUGGCUGUCCUGGCCUUGGACUAAUUAAGAAGUCCUGAUUUAUGAAUGAAUGUUAUUUUCCAUUUCAUUAGUGCUUUUGUAAUUAUUUAUUUUUUUCCCACUAGCAAGUUACAAUGUGAUAUUUCAUAUUUCAGUGGUACUGAUGAGUGCCAAUUAGCUGAAUAGAAAUUGUAUGCAAGGUAUCCGUAAGAUUUUGUUGUA